AUGAAGGAGGAGCAGCUUAAUAAUGACAAUACCAUCAAGGAAAAUAUAGAAUCACUAACAAGAGAUCUGGAGGAAGAGAGCAAAGAAAAUGGGAGAAAAGGCAUGAUUGAAGACCAGCAGAGGAGGCAAGAAGGGGUAAUAGAAGAGAGAAUAAAGAAUGUAGAGAAUGUGACUGUUAAAUGGGGAACAAGACCAGACAAAACAUUUUCUGAAGUAGCUUCAAGUAGCUCAAGGGAAAGGGAUGGCUGGGUAGAUUGCGUUUUCCUAGACUAUCAAAAAGCAUUUGAUACUGUUCCUCACGAAAGACUGGUGCGCAAGAUGGAGAUGCCAGCUGGGCUAGCUGUUGAUGAUAAUGACAAUGAUGACGAUGAAACUGAUAAAGAUGAAGCUGCUGUAGAUAAUAUUGAUAACGUAGAUGAUGAUGAAGAUGAUGAAGAUGAUGAAGAUGAUGCUGGGCCGAGGGCGUGUGAGCCCGCCAGCAGCAGGUGUGGGCGCCGGGAAAGACAAUCACAGCGCCGGAAAGACAAUCUCAGCGCCGGGAAAGAUAAUCACAGUGCCGGAAAGACAAUCACAGCGCCGGAAAGACAAUCACAGCGCCGGGAAAGACAAUCACAGCGCCGGAAAGACAAUCACAGCGCCGGGAAAGACAAUCUCAGCGCCGGGAAAGACAAUCACAGCGCCGGAAAGACAAUCUCAGCGCCGGGAAAGAUAAUCACAGUGCCGGAAAGACAAUCACAGCGCCGGAAAGACAAUCACAGCGCCGGGAAAGACAAUCACAGCGCCGGAAAGACAAUCACAGCGCCGGGAAAGACAAUCACAGCGCCGGGAAAGACAAUCACAGCGCCGGAAAGACAAUCUCAGCGCCGGGAAAGACAAUCACAGCGCCGGGAAAGACAAUCACAGCGCCGGGAAAGACAAUCACAGCGCCGGGAAAGACAAUCACAGCGCCGGGAAAGACAAUCACAGCGCCGGGAAAGACAAUCACAGCGCCGGGAAAGACAAUCACAGCGCCGUUGA